AUGAUUACUUAUACAGCGACCCACUUCGACUUUGGCAAGCACGAGGCAGUGGCUCGUCCUGACGCGGCGGAGAAGUGGUACUACAUCCUUUACAUCUUCGAAAACUUCUAUGCUCCGGCGAUCGCUAUGGUCAAAUUCUCGAUUCUCCUCUUCUAUGCGCGCAUCUUCACCGAGCAUACCGCUAAGAUGCCAACGCAGAUCUGGUUCCAGAGAGCGCUGUAUGUAAUGGGAGCCAUUACACUCUUAUGGUGGAUAACCUGCCAAUUUAUCGUGAUCUUUGAGUGCGCGCCUAUCCAUUACUUUUGGAAUCGGAAGCCUGUCACGGGCCACUGCCUAGACGUUCAGAUAUUCUUCCAAGGUCAAGCCAUUCCUAACAUCAUCACCGACUUGGUGCUUUUAAUAUUGCCUUUACCUUUGAUAUGGAGGUUGCGCCUUCCAAUCGAGCAGAAGGCCGCAUUGAGCGGAGUCUUCUUGCUUGGUAGCUUUGUAACAGCGACGAGUAUCUAUAGAUUAACCCUCUUGAUGAAGUUGACACAAGUGGACAUCACGUGGAACUAUGCCGAUGCAGCUGUCUGGUCUGCCGUCGAACCCAACGUCGCCGUCAUCUCCGCUUGCCUUCCCAUGCUUCGACCAGUGCUCAAGCUCAUUGGUGUCACCUUUGGUAGCGUGAGCAGUCUUAGCAAGAGCCCCAGGCAUACAGCCGGCACGGCUGGCACCGUGGGUAGUGACCACCCGCAUCGGAGAACAAACACGGUGCCGACUAGGAAAGAUGGCGGACCCUUUGCGCGGCUGGCCGAGGUCUCAUCGUCUUCUGAUCGGGAGCACGGAGAAGAGUGGGAGCUGUGGGAAGGCCGACGAAGUGGGGGCGUUCAGAAAUGUAACCCAAUCGGGCGAUCAGAUGAGAAGGAUAUGCUGGGUCGAGAGAGUUGGGUGCUAUUCCGCGUGGGGCGAUACACGUGA